AUGAAGGAUAAUUCAACACCACUUGAACUAAACACUGGUCAGGGUGCAAAUAGAUUCAAGUAUCAAUCUUUUAAAAAUCGAGUUGAUCGAUUAAAGGUGGAUGUAGUGCGCAGAUCCAGACUUGUAGAGGAUGAACCUGACGAUCACGGAUCCUUUUUCUAUGAGGCUUUAACAUCAUGGAAAGAGUUAAAUUUGACUAGAAACUUUAAAGACUUUGUCAAGGAAAUAACACCAUUUGUAAAAUCAUUACCUUCGAUUGUUUAUCACAAGGAUACGAUAGUUGACAUUUUGGAAAAACAUCUUAAAGUGAAAGAGAGUAUGGCUCUGGAUGGUCUUUUAGACUUGGUCACAAAACUUGCAAAGGAUUUGGAAGGCGAAUUUUACCCCUACUAUCCUAGACUACUAUCAGCUAUUCUGCCUUUAGUAUAUAAUAGAGAUGUUAAGCUUCUUGAAAGCGUAUUCAACUGCAUUGCAUACCUCUUCAAGUUCUUAUCCAGACAAAUUCUCCCAGAGUUGGAUGUAACAUUUAAUCUUUUAAGUAAUAUGCUCGGAGAAGACAACCAAGCAAAACCAUAUGUUAGACGAUUCACUGCAGAAGCAUUCGCAUUUUUAUUACGAAAAACAAGAGGCAUGGAACUUACCAAGAUUAUCAAGCACAUUAUUAAUUCCUUAAAGCAAGAACCAUCAAAGGAGUAUGAGGAAGGGUUGGCAAUGUUAUUUUUUGAAUCAAUUAAACAAAUAGACAACCGUCUUCAUUCAAGAGGUGAAGCCAUAUAUAAGGAACUCUUAAAUCAAGUAUAUAGAGAGGAGAUCGCCGUAGAAGAUUUACCAUCAAGCGCUGCUUAUAGCUUAUUAACAAAAACAACACUUUUGAUUCUGCAUCAUACUCUUAGACAGCAUUUUACACCCAUUAUUAAUAUUGUAAUUAAUGACAUAAAAGAUCAACUUAAACAUGAAAAGCUGAAUGAAAGUACACUUGCGACUCAACUAUCAUUAUUGGCUAUGUCUGUUACAGUUCGUAAAGCAAGCAGAAUUGAAGAUUUUAAGCCGAUCAUUGCACAACUUCAGGAGCUUUCAAAAAGAAUCUUUAGUGAAACAUACACCACAUUCACAUACACAGAGUGUCUUCGAGCCAUCAUCGGAUCACUUUAUAAUGGGCCUUUAGAAACAGUUGUCAGCGGUGGUCGUGUCAUUUUGGAAGCCAUAUCCAAUUUUGAUAAUGUACACCUUGUAUACGGAUUUUACCUCUCUUUAGCCAAGCUGGGUUGGAAAAGCUAUGUGCAGAUCGCGUUACCUUACGCUAUAAAAUAUACCUCUGCCAACUGUAACCAAUAUCCUCAUGAAUCAAUCUUAUUCUGGUCAGAAAUCAUUGCUACAGACAUCAUUGGUUCAAAUAGUUCAGGAUCACUAUCUGCCUGCUUUACUCCAGAAGGAUUGCUGCGAUUUUCAUCUAAUGGAAAUCAAUCUUCAUUUCCAAACGUACUUUUGACAUUUAUGGAUCAAGACUUUGAUUGGGCAAAAGAAAGAGAUGCCUUAAACAUGACAGAUAUGCAUUCUGAUUGCAGUAUAACAUCCAUCACCCUUCUCGGAUCCAUCCUUCGUCUUUUGCCAACAAUUCAUCUAUCGCUGGACAAAGUGUCACCUGUUCUCUUUUCCAUGCUUCAAUCCCUCAAGAAUUUCUUAAAGAACGAUUCGGAUAACAACAAGUUGAUAAAUGCACCCUAUGUAUUGGCAAAUAGAAAUUAUGUCUUGGAAUGUCUUUUAGGACUUGUUCUAGAGACACUUGCUUGGAUUGGAGAACAUGAUGAACAUGUUGUAGUUCAACUGGAAAACAUGCAUGACGAACUUGUAGAAAUUCUGUUGAAUCACUCUAAAAGUCAAUCAGUUCUCUUUGGUAUUUAUCAAUACUUGAAUCUUUUGAAAAGCAGAACUACAAGCAACGACAGAUUUUCAUUAAACGCCUUGGAGAAGCUAUAUCCAGUCUUGAAACUAAAUUUUAGUUCAUAUAACCGCCAAUGUCGUUUGAAUGCUUUCAAAAUCAUUACACUCUUUGAACAACCAACUAUGAAACGAGAUGAAAAUCAUAAAACAGACGAACAAUGCGACAUUGCUUCUAUGGCUGUUGAGCUUGAAGAGAUCGAAGCUUCAUUUAAAGAUUACAGAGAAAAGAUCAAAGUGCUUCAAAAGCUCAAUCUUAUUCUAUCUUCAAAGCGUGUGCCAGAUAUAUACUCUGAUUUUAUACCUCGUAUUGCUUUAGGUGUACUCACUAUCAAUUUGCGUCCAUUGUGGGAAGAGGCGAAGAAAAUACUUAUUACCUUUUCUCAAAUCAACCCUGCCACAUAUUGGGAUAUUAUAUACAACGAACUCACCAAAUAUGAUGAUGAACAGUCUCUUGUUUGGGAUGGAGUGUCUGAAAGCGUCAUUGCUGAGAUGACUGCCCCUGAUGAACCUGAAGAAACCAACUCGACAAAGAUUGGCAAAAUGUCCUUUGAUUGCCCAACUUUAACCAUGUUUACGCAUACUGAAAGUAGAGCAUGUAUGAUUAUGAAUGAAAAGAAGGGACAAAGCUUAGCCUUAUUAUUUGCAAAGCUAUGUAAGCAUGAAAGCAAUCAUAUGGACUUUUGGAACUAUUACAACAUGCUUCUCUCAGCCUUGAAAGAAACACAUACAGUUACUGAAUCUAAAGGACGAUUCUUGAUCACUAUAUUUAUUGAUUUUUUCAAUAAUGAAUUUUCCGCCUCUCGCGAUGAUGAAGAAGAAGAAGAAGUAAAGGAAGGUUCUCGAGAUGAAACGACUGAUAUCUUGCCACGUUCAAACAGAAUUACAAAGGCCAAAAUGACAAGCUGGCUUGGCCUUUUCUCAGUCUUUACCAAUACAAAGAGUGCUUAUAGAAGUCAAGACUUGCAUGAAACAUUCAUGAAAAUCAUUACAUCAGGUGAUGCAAAGCUGCAAUCUGCUGCCCUUGAGUGUAUCUUUACUUGGAAAGAUCCUGGUAUUAAGCCCUACGCAGAUAAUCUUCGUAACUUGGUGGAUGAUGUCAAGUUCCGUGACGAGAUAACAACCUUUAUUCAGAAUGAAGAGCAAACCCAGAUUGAUCUUGCUCAUCGUCAAGCACUGAUGCCUGUUGUUAUGCGUAUUCUUUUUGGCCGUCUCAUCCAAAAGAGUAAAGCAUCAAGCAAAAUCAGCAAAAGCGCUAGAAGAAAGGUGAUCCUUAGUGGUGUAUCAUGUUGCCAAGAAAACGAAAUCAGAUACUUUAUUGAUUUGGCUCUAGAACCCUUCCAGGCUGUUGUUGAACUUCCUUCUGGUGACUACACAAGUAAUGGAGAACUCAUUCAAUUCAAAUUUGAAAAUCAAGCAAAGCAGACUAUGGAAACCAUCCCAUGGCGAAAACAGACUGGUUUUUUGAAUUUACUUGAUGAUAUUGUUAAGCAAAUGGCCUCUCAUGUUUUACCAUUCCUCCCUGAUCUAUUAAAAGUGGUGUUGUAUAUUAUCAAAUAUGCUCACAGUCGAUCAGAGAAUGCCAUGGAAAUUGAUCAAGAAGACGAUACAGCUGAUCAAAGUACAAAAUCAAAAGAAGUUCGAAAUAUGGCAAUGAGAAGAAUAGUUGAUGUUAUGAAAAUCAAUGGUGACUUUGACUUUACUCCAUAUGUUCCUGCCAUGUUUUCUUCCUUCAUUACUUCAAGAGUAGCAACCUUACCUGUAGAUAGUACACAAGAUGUUUCACCACUCAUCAGCUUGUUCAUCGUUUGGUCCAAAAAGCCAGAAUAUGCUCAUUAUCUUGUUGACUUUAAUAAUGAAGUAAUGCCACAAAUCAUUGCUACAUUGGGUGUUAAGAACUUGGGUGAACCAGUCCUCCAUGCUCUUUUAGAAAUUAUUGAAUCACUACUUGAUCUUUGCGACAAUGAAAUGGAAACUGACGAUCAGCAAUCUUUAAGAGAUAAAAUCAUUACAGCUCAUGCGGAUAUGCUGCUUCAAUCUUUACAAUGCCGUCUUGUACGCUCUAAAGAUAAUACCAAGUUUAAUACAGGAAGAUACACAGCUCGCGAAAUCUCAAUCGUUGCUAGAAUCGCCUCUUACACUAAAGAUGGAGAACAGGCAGCUACAGUCAUUGGGCUUUUAUUGCCUAGUCUCAAAAAGUCUUCUAGUGCAAUUCCUGAAAAGUCAAAGCAAGAUAUCUAUAUUAUCUGGUCCAAUUUCAUCCCCAUCAUACCUGGCUUAGAGGUUGGCUCAUACUUGUACACUGAGUACUAUACUGUAGCAUCAUCCAUGUUUGCAACGGCUUACUCACGCGAAAGUCGAACCGGCUUGUUAGAUGUAUUCCGUGGCCUAUCAAAGCUUGACCCCCAACUCGAUGUUGUUGAACAGCUUUUGACAAAGCUGAAUGCCUACUCUGCAAGACGUCUUGAUGAACAAGAUGUGGAUAGUGCAUUAGAAGCUUUAAAUUCCAUUGUAGAUAAUUAUUACCUCAAACUGAACUCCUACCAAUGGCUUCCUAUCUUACAGCAGUUGAUCCAUUGUAUGCACAAUCCCGAAGAAAUAGCUAUCCGUGGAACAGCAACUCAUUGUAUGUCUCAGUAUUUGGUAGCUGCCUCGCAACAAGCAGAUAAAGAAGAAAAGGAGAAAUUAGUCGGCCAUAUUCAACAUGUGAUUUAUCCCGCUAUCAAACGAGGCCUUCGUUCUCGUAUAGAACUUGUGCGCGCAGAAUUUGUCAGUUUAUUGAACUCUUGUAUAAAGACAUUCCCUGAACUGCCAAUGUUUGAAGACUUGGUCCCGAUACUUGGUAAUGGUGAUGAAGAAAUCAAUUUCUUUAGCAAUAUUUACCAUAUUCAAAACCAUCGUCGUUCUCGAGCCUUGCUUCGACUUGCAGAGUCCACACAACAGUUGACAUUCAAGAUCUCUACAAUUAAUCAUAUCUUCCUCCCUAUCAUCACUGCAUUUUUCAACGAGAGUGAUCGUGUAGCAGACAACAACUUGCUUCAGCAAUGUACCUCAACUUUAUCAGCACUUGUUAAGCUACUUCCCUGGAACCAUUAUCAUAGAAUUCUUCAAAACUACUUGAAGAUUGUUAAAGCAAGUGAGGAAAAAGAAAAGCUUUAUGUCCGUGUGAUCAUUGGAAUUCUUGAUUCCUUCCAUUUUGACUUGAAACCUCUCACUCUUUCUGAUGAACAAGUUGAAAAGGUCAUGGGACGUCAGAAGGCUACUAUAAACUUUUUAACGAGUGAAGAAAUUGCUAAACAAGCAAACAAGGAAGAAGACGAAGAGAUGGAUAUUGAAAAGGACGAGGAAGAAAAGCACAAAGAUGAACUUGAAACGAUCCACAAUAUCUUAAUUGAAAAGGUCCUACCUCAGCUGAAUGCUUUGCUAAAUGAUAACAAGAGCAGAAAGUCUAUUUUGGUGCGUGUGCCUCUUGCCCUGGGUAUUGCCAAGCUCCUUUGCAACCUUCCUGAAAAAUCAAAGCGUGUCAACUUACCUGGUCUGCUGACAUCCGUCUGUCAUAUUAUCCGUAGCAGAGCUCAGGAUGUUCGUGACGCUACUAGAGAAACAUUGAUUAAGCUCAGCGCGUUCUUGGGACCCUCCUACUUUAACUUUUUCAUUACAGAACUCAAAGCAGCUCUUACUAAAGGUUAUGAACUUCAUGUGCUUGGUUAUACUAUCAAUGCUCUUUUAUUAGACAUGAUACCUCGCUUAAAUGUGGGUGACCUCGAUUAUUGUCUACAAGAUCUUGUGAAUGUGUUGAUCAAUGACAUCUUUGGUGGUAUUGGAGAAGAGAAAGACGCAGAUGAGAUGACAGGAAAGACAAAAGAAGCAAAGAGUCGUCGCAGUCCAGCCUCAUUUGAGCAGCUUGCUAAAGUCAUCCAAUUUAAAAAUGUUGGUAUACUAUUGGUACCUCUAAAGGAAAUUAUGUCUGAAACAGAAAGUGGUCGUACGCUUCGUAAGGUGGAUGAACUUCUUCGCCGCAUUUCUCAAGGAUUGGUGAAUAAUCCCGGAUUUGAAAGCAUGGAGUUACUUGACUUUACUUAUGGCUUAAUUGCUGAAAAUAUCGAAGACUACAAGGCUGUAUCAAAAGUUAAAAAAGCUAAAACCCAAAAAGAGCUAAACUUUGAGGUUCAGACUAAACGCCCAACGAUUGAACCUGUGGAUUAUUACAAGGUUAACGCUUACCGAUUUGUUUACUUUGGUCUCAACUUGUUUAGUACCGCUUUAAAGAAGAUUGCAUAUGAUUUGAGCAAGUCAGAUGUUAGCGAAAGAUUCAAGAAGCUUGUGAAUGCAGUUGGUAAUACUUUAUACAGCAAACAUUCUGAAAACGUUGUUCUUGCUGCACGAAUUAUGGCCAAGUUGAUUGUGAUGCCUAUUCCUAAUAUUGCAUCUGCAGUGGAUGUCUCGAUUGAUCGAUCUUUUGCUCUUAUCAAAUCUUCUGGUGGAACACAGACGGCUACAGUACAGGCUUGCUUGAAGCUGUUGACUGUCUGCAUUCGUGACAACUCCAAAUCCUCUUUGACUGAAGCCCAGUUAACCUAUAUCCUCAACUUUAUCCGCCCUGAUAUGGAGGAAGUAGAACGACAAGGAGCGAUCUUUAGUUUGGUCCGUGCCAUUAUCUCUAGAAAGUUUGUCGCCCCUGAAAUGUAUGACUUGAUGGAUAAUGUAUCGAAUAUCAUGGUUACCAAUCAAAGUAAAGAGAUCCGUGAACAAGCACGAUCUGUAUACUUUAUGUUCUUGAUGGAUUAUCCACAGGGUAAGAAUCGACUCAAGAAGCAGAUGAGUUUUAUCAUCAAAAACCUGGAAUAUGAAUUCGAAACCGGCCGUGAAUCCAUUAUGGAACUACUUCAUCAUAUCAUCACAAAGUUUAGUGCUGAUGUACUUUCUGAAUUUGUUGACGCCAUAUUCCUUGCAUUGGUGAUGCGUUUAAUCAAUGAUGAUUCUUCUAAAUGUCGUGAAAUGUCUGCUGCUCUUAUCAAGUCGCUCUUGACUCAUCAUAUGGACAAGUUACCAACAAUCUGCAAGCUCUUGAAUGUUUGGUUAGAUGAAGGUAAAAAGCCUAGCUUACAGCGAGCAGCAUGUCAAGUAUAUGGUUUACUCUUUGAAUCGUUUGGAGCACAACUUCGUGGACAAGUUGCUGGACUCAUCCCUCGUCUCUCUUCCAUUUUUGAUACAAGUAAGCAACAGGCUGAGGAAUUAGCUGAAUCUGCAAGUGUUGAAGAAGAAGAUGAGUAUGAAGAUAAAAUGGACACUGAUCUUCAAUGGGAAGUAGCAUACUAUGCGAUCAACAUGUUUGCCAAGAUAAUCAAAGCAUACCCUAAAGUUGUACAUGAAAAAGAUACAGAAUCUGUGUGGCCUAGCAUUCAAUAUAUGCUAUUAUAUCCUCACACAUGGAUCCGCUCAUCUUCAACUCGAUUGUAUGGCGUUUACUUUUCGGAUAUUGAUGCAGAAACACGAAUGGUCAAGAACACAUCGAUCAAGUGCACUUACUUGACUAAAGAAACGCUUAAAACCCUGGCUAUAGAUUUCUUGGAACAACUGAAGAGCAAAUAUACCACACAAGAACAUGCAGAUCAGAUUGUCAAGAAUCUCUUCUUUAUUGGCAAAUGUUUCUAUUACAUGCCUGAGGAAGAAGAUAAAGAAGAUACACAAGAAGAUGUGCAUAUUGAUGAUGCUCGUGAUGAAACAAUUGAAGAAGAAAAAGAUGAUACCGCUGCUCAGGCUGCUGCCAACAUGAUCAAGCAAGAUGCUCAUAAGAAAUCUCUCAAUUGGCUAUUCCGAAAGUGCUCAUUUGAUGCUCGAGGUGCUGCUAUUAAGAGAAUUCCUAAUGCAAUCAUUAUGCGUUCAUCCAUUUUCAAAUGGUUUGCUGCCAUGUGUAAUACUAUGACGGCUGAGGAACUACCUCCUUAUUUGAUGCCUGUGAUUGCUCCAAUUUAUAGAACUGUCAAUGACGAACAUAACAAAGAUCCAAAUUUUGAAUCACUACAGCAAUUAGGUAAUGAAGUCCUCAACUUGCUACAAAACAAGGCGGGUCCUACUGUUUAUUUCGCUGUCUAUCAGCGUGUUCGUCAACAAGUGCUAAAGACAAGAGAGCAACGUAAAACGAAGCAAGCAAUCUUGGCUGUUACAAAUCCUGCUCUUGCUGCCAAGCGUAAAUUAGACAAGAGACAAAAGGCUAUGCAAGCCAAAAAGAAGAGAAAGCUAUGA